GGUUUCUUGAAAAUGGUGCGAGUCUUUUUACAGGCUUUCACCAAACCUUCUCAAAACUGCAUCCAUAAUGGGCAACCGAUAUGAUGAUAGAUUUAGAAUUCCCAUUCACAUUAUUACAGAUUGCAUAAGCCGAUUUCUCAUGGAGGAAGUUGAUCGUGUGUUUGAGGAUCGUAUUCAUUACUGCACAUACCUGGAGCAAGCUUAUUGGUUCUACAAGGACUGUUGGCUUGAUGAGCAGCCAGAAACCCUGAAGCUUGUGUCCUUUGCUGGCUUUAUUGAUCAGGUUAACCAGGCUUUAGCUUGCAAGUGGCCAGGAGGAGGCACAGCUCAGCAGCUAGUAGGGGAGUUUACAGACUUCAAGCACCACGUGAGCACCUACGGGGCCAUCUUAGUGGACCCUUCCCUCUCUAAAGUACUGCUGGUGCAGGGCUUCAAUGGACAGUCCUGGGGCUUCCCUAAGGGCAAGAUCGAAGAGAAUGAAGCGACGGUGGAGUGCGCUGUUCGGGAGGUUAGGGAGGAAAUUAACUACGACAUCUCGCCCUUCAUCAACCCAGACUUAUACCUACAAAUGACCAUCCUAGAGCAACAGACGCGGCUCUACAUUAUAUACGGCGUCCCAACAGAAACAAAGUUUAAAACAAACACGCGCAAGGAGAUCGGUAAUAUUAAAUGGUUUGAACUCUCGUCGCUGCCUGCACACAAAGGCGACAAGAGACCCCUUGCCAACACCUCUUAUAGUCCUAAUAACUUCUUCGUCAUUAUUCCUUUUGUCAAACAUCUUCGUGAGAGCGUGAGUUUGAUGCAGAGACGAUGUCUGGAGACUUUCGGUGUUCCCAUGUACAAACAAAUUGAAUUUCACUUCGAGUUCCUCAAGAAAUAUUAUCCUAAAAUCUACGAAAUUAGAAUGGAGCAGAAGAUUCAAUCAAAACAGGAGGCCGAGAGGAAGAAACGAGAAAAAAUGUGGAAGAAGAGAGCCGAGGAAUUACAUGGCGAUGCUGCACUCGAUUAUUCCGAGAAGACGCUGAAGCAGCAACUGAAGGAACAGCGCAAACUGGCAGCGCAACAGGCACAUCUACAGGAUGCUUCUGGGCAAAGAAUCGGCAAGCAAUCCGCCCAACAAUCUUCCCAGCAAUCAUCCCAGGCCCAGCAAUCCUCUCAACAAUUAUCCCAGCAAUCAUCCCAGAAAUCCUCUCAGCAAUCAUCUCAGCAAUCAUCCUCCGAUAUUCUGACGCUCCUGCAGAACGCUACUCUCAGAGUAGAGCAAGAGAAGCAGGGACCUGCUACCAAGGACGUCGCUAGACACACCGAACACAAGAAGUUCCGCUUCAAAUCUCUCCUGAAACGACAGAGUUCCCCAAGUGACAUCAACACUUCUGAUGCAUCGCACCGAGUCGCAGAAAAUACACUUCAAUCUACGGAAACUUCACAUCAAGCUACGAAAAAUGCUCCUACUUUACCGGGUGCUUCUAAUCCGACGCUUAAUAAAACCGCAUUUGGGGCGGUGUCCAUAGAACGAAGUAAAACUUGGGACGAUGCUAGACUUGACUUCCAAGAUAUCAUGAAUGCCGUGGAGGCCACUUGGAGAGCUAAUAUUUCCACAGCAACAGCACCAAUUCAAAAGAAAUCGAAAGGCAAAGAGAAUAAGUUUCAUUGAGAUGUCCAUUUUAAUACCGAGUCAACGUGAGGUCCUUGACAUGUUCAGUUCUGAAUUGUGAUGAAUAAGAACCGAUGAUUGAAUACUGUUAAGUUAGCAGCAUAAUUUAGGAUGAUUACUAGGACAGUUUUUCUAUAGUAUUGAUGGAUUUAUUUGAUGACGGCUUUGCUGGAUGAUUAUGUUAAGAAUUAAUGAUCAAGUCCCUGUCAUAAUUAACAAUGAUUCGUGGGAAUUAGAUUUGUUUUUACUCUAAUUUACAAUGACAAAAAAUGUAAACCCACCAUUUGAUGGAUCAGAAUUGAAGAUAUACUUAGAAACUGCCAUUAGAUAUAUAACUAAUGACGUCAUAAUGCAUUCACUUUCUGGGUUAUUAAUAGCGGCGGAGUUUUGGCGCACGCCUGCAAUGUGAACUAAAUGUUGUCAAUUACACUUUCAUGAAUGUUUAUGUCAGGAAAUUUGGAACAUUUAGUAGCGGCCGAGUUCUACACAUAUUUCAGUUUAAAUCGAUUAUACAUUAUGCACGUUUAUUACGUCUCAUUCGUUCAUUCAUUAUGCAUUGAGCACGUUUAUUACUUCUCUUUCAUUAUACAUUAUGCAUGUUUAUUACGUCUCCGUCAUGUUGGCAUUAUUUUAUGUUCAGUUUAUUUCUUUGCUUAUUCGCAUGCACGUUACGCACACCAUGUACACAGAAAAAUUAAUGCGACUUUGUCCAAACACCGAUGCACAUUCACCCUUUUUCGGGUCGUCUUGACCCAGUUUAUUACAGAAUCAUAGGACGUAUCAGUGGUACGCUCAGCAAGUGUGUCACUAUUUGACAAAAGGACCCAUGCAUUGU